AUGGCGACGACGGCGCACCCCUAUUGGCCGCGCUCGCUGCGGUUGCCGGGCUACGUGGGCAGCGCGCGUCCCGGCUGGCAGUGCGCAGGCGCGGUGGCGGCGGCCGGGGCGGGGCUGCUGGCGCUGGGCUGGGCCCUGGGCGGGGCCGGGGGCGGGGCGAGGGGUGGGGCAGCGCGGAGCCCCGCCCGCCGCCUGGCGCUGGGCUGGUUCCUGAUGUGCGCGGGGGUGCACGGGAUACUGGAGGGCUACUUCAGCCUGCGGCACCGGGAGCUGCCCGCCUCCACCGGGCUGCUGGCUGACGUCUGGAAGGAGUACGCCAAAGCUGACAGCCGCUACAUGACAAGCGAUGACUUCACGGUUGCCAUGGAGACGGUGACGGCCUGGGCUUGGGGCCCCCUCAGCUUCCUCACCUUCCUCGCCUUCCUGCGGCACCACCCAACGCGCUAUGUCCUGCAGCUCCUCGUCUCCCUCGGGCAGCUGUACGGGGAUGUGCUGUACUUCGCCACGGAGGCGCGGGCGGGCUGGAGCCACAGCGACCCCCGGCCCCUCUACUUCUGGGGCUACUUCGUGGGGCUGAACGGGCUGUGGGUGCUGGUGCCCGGUGCCCUCCUGGCCGAUGCUUGCCGCCACCUGGCCGACGCCCAGCGUGCCCUCGACCGGCCCCGCCACAAGGCCCACUGAGCCCGGACGCCUGGUCCCUGCCAGGGGACCCCUCCACCGAGGGGCCGCUCAGGGUGAAUUCGGCACUGGGAGGUCCCCGAGCCCUCCGGAGAUGGAUUCAGCACGUGCCCAGAUGCAUGCCCUCGGGGUGAUCCUGGUGCCGGGGUCCUUCCCUCCCCGCCCGAGCUCAGGGGCAGCGGCUCGGGGGCCUGGGUCCCCUGUGGGUCCCCUUGCAGGGGAGGGGGGGGGCCACCCUCGUUACCGGGACCAUGUAAUGGGUUUUAAUAAACGAGCU